AUGUCGCGGUUUUUGGCUCGGAAGAAGUUACGCAAGUUGUCUUGGGUGGGUGUACAUGACGAAGAACCGUAUUCAUACCUACGAGAGGCAAUGGUGGCAAAGCUGAUGAAGGGCAUCUGUAAUCCUGAGGAGAUUGUCGAUGAAUUCCAAGAACGGGAUCUCGAUAUCAAGCCAGAACGAGAAGCCUUCAUCAAAGAGCAGGUAGGCCAGUGGAACUUCUCCGCCCACGAAUUCUCCGAGGAUGAACUGGUCUACGCGGCAUGCCAAAUGCUUCAACAUGCCUUUAAUCUCCCCGGACUGGAACAGUGGUACUUGACAUCAGGUGAACUCCAGACAUUCCUACUUGCGUGCCGUGCAGCCUACAACUCCUUUGUCCUUUACCACAACUUCCGCCACGCCAUUGACGUGCUGCAAUCGGUAUUUACUUUCCUGCUUCAAAUCGGGGCUUUGCCUCCGUACGGGCGAUCUGGCCUGUCUGUUGAAGAGAAAUCUCCGAUUGCCACUUUACUCUCUCCUUUUGAUUCUCUUACUCUACUUAUAUCCGCUAUUGGACAUGAUGUUGGCCACCCAGGCGUCAACAACUUUUUCCUUGUCAAACUCAACGCUCCUUUGGCACAAUUAUACAACGACAACUCCGUUCUCGAAGCAUUCCACUGCGCAGCUUUUUCCCAGAUCCUUCGCCGCCACUGGCCUGCUGCUUUCAAGGACAAGCAACUCCGAAAGCUGCUGAUCAGCUCCAUUCUGGCCACGGAUAUGGGCGUGCAUCAAAAGUUCAUGGAGCGGAUGGGCUCUCUGCAGGAGAAAUACUCCGAGAGCGACAAGUCUGUCGACCUCUGGAAACCACAGGAUGUCGAGAUGUAUAAAACUCUUAUUUGUGGCCUCUUGAUCAAGUGUGCUGACAUCAGUAACGUCGCUCGACCCUGGGGCGUUGCCGAGAAAUGGACUCAGAUUCUACAAGAGGAAUUCGCCAACCAAGGCGAGAUGGAAAAGGAAGUAGGCAUGGAGACUGCGCUCUUUGGCGGGCCACCGGAGCUGGGCAACAUUUAUAAGCUUGCAACGGGUCAGAUUGGCUUCAUGUCUAUCUUUGCGCUUCCGCUUUUCGAGGGUGUCUCCGAUCUUAUGCCGCAGCUGCAGUUCACUGCUGAUUAUAUCCGCGACAAUCAAAGCCAGUGGCAGCAACAUGCAAACGAUGAGCUGCGGCGGCGGGGUCUGUCGGUAGAGGGCCCGGUUUCAGAGGCCGUCUCCCCCCGCUCUACAAGCCCUGUCCGACCAACCAACUCUAAUGACACUGUGAGGGCUCUUGCAGAUUCAGAGGAUAGUUCCGGUGAUCUCCCAUUGGAAUCAUCUCCCCCGUCGGGAUCUUCAGAAGAGACGGUGAUCCAGGACGGUGCUUACAACGAGAACAACAUUGAACCUGUUGUAUCCCCAGAUACUCCAGGUCCGCAAAUCGAGAUCACCGGAACUCCGAUUGGCCUUGAUGAGAUGUCGUCCCGAAAGUCCUCCAACGCCAUGCCGGAUUUCUCAUACUUUUCUCGGCCUACCCCGGGGGCUCAAUCGGCCCGGGCUCCGCUUGCAGACUCAGGUAACGCCCGGGAAGACCCGGCCGUUUUAGCUGCCGUGUAUUACGCCAAUACGGCAUCUAAUCAUGGCAGUGUCUCGUUGCCCACCGAGCGUGACAAUACAGCUGAUUCUGCUGCUGAACGACCGAGCAGCUCCCGCCAGGGCCCGCAGGGCUCCCAGCACCACGCACACCACAGCUCUUCCGUUCGCACUUCUGGGCCAUCUAGCUCCAACCGCAACAGCUGUACACGUACCCAAAGCAUCAGCGCUUACAGCAACAAUAUGACGCCUAUCUCUCCCGCCACCAACGCCACCAGCUUUUUAGCCGUGGACAGCGGCGACGAGGGUAAACACCGUAUUUCGGAUGAUAGUGCUCCUCAGAGCGAAGCUGGUGGUCCAGAUGAUAGCAGCACCAGGCCGAGUACCUCAUAUGCUUCGCACUCAGGAGACCAUGAAAGUAGCAGUUACAGCCCCGCCCAUAGCUCUGGCAUCACCCGAUCAGAGGAUGGCAAGGACUAUAACGGUGCUCUCAACGGUAUUACAAGCCACCCCCAGUCUACAUCGACCGGCGAGAGUAUCAAGAAUGAGCAUUCUCAGGGAAACGGCGGCGAUCCGAAUGGACAUGGAAUGCGCCGGCUUCCGAAGAAACGCAGUCGACUACGUCUUGCAUUCUGGAAGCGCCGCAAUCAUCAUCAGCAGGAGGUCCAUGGCGAGAGCUGA